UACUUUAACUAAAAGCCCUUAGUUGUCAUUUGCAGACACAUUGUUACUGUCUCUCUCUCUCACUGCUUCAAACAUCAAACCCUAACCAUAUUUGUAUGAGCAAAUUCAAAUCUUUAAUAUAUAUAAGAAAUUGGAAUAGUACUACUGUAAGCAAAGGCUUUCAAUCUUUCUGAUUCUCCAAGUCAAUUCUUCUUCUUCUUCUUCUUCUUGGUGUUGCUUCGCUUUCCUUUUUUUUUUUUUUUUUACUGUAGAAACCAAACCCACUGAUAAGGAAGAAUAAUAGGGAAAUGGGAGCAACCAACAGAGACCUAGUUCGCCACCAAACAUGCUAUGGCUGUUGGCAUGAAGGACCAUAAGCUAAAAGAAGUUUUGUCUUGCUAUUGUCUGCAUUGUUCUUUGCUUUGCUUAUGGGAAAGGUUGGUGUUGAAGAGGAGCAGCCAUUGCCUACCAGUGAUGAUAGUUCUCAGCAAAAUGUACAGAGGAGAUCCUUUGGAUGUUGUGGUUGUGGGUUUAAACGCAUUUAUAGGCUCAUUCGGCUCAGAUGUGUAUUGGUGCUUCUGUUGUCUGUGGCUUUGUUUCUCUCUGCUGUCUUCUGGCUACCUCCCUUCCUUCACUUUGCAGAUCAGGGAGAUCUGGAUCUUGAUCCCAGGUUUAAAAAUCACGAUAUAGUAGCAAGUUUCAAUGUCAGAAAUUCAAUUCCCUUUCUGGAAGACAAUAUCUUGCAGCUUGUGGACGAUGUUUUUUAUGAGAUAAGCUCUCCUAGCAUCAAGGUGGCUAUAUUGUCUCUAGAACCUUCAGUGGAACCAAACACAACAACGGUUGUGUUUGGGGUUGAUCCUGAUGCAAAAAAUUCAAAAUUAUCAUCAACUACUCAAAGUCUUAUCAGGGCCACUUUUGAGUUUUUGGUUGUAAAUCAAUCAUUCAGCUUGACUAAAUCCUUAUUUGGGGAUCCAUUCUCUUUCGAGGUGCAAAAAUUCCCUGGAGGGAUCACUAUAAUUCCACCACAGAGUGCGUUUCUUCUGCAGAAAGUGCAAAUACGAUUCAACUUCACUUUGAACUUCUCUAUUUAUCAAAUACAAGUAAAUUUUGCUGAACUAACAAGUCAGCUGAAGUCAGGCCUACAUCUAGCGGCUUAUGAGAACUUGUACAUAAGUUUAUCAAACUCCAAAGGUUCAACGGUGGCUCCCCCUACUACUGUUCAGUCAUCUGUUGUAUUGGCUGUUGGGAAUACUCCCUCAAUGCAAAGGUUAAAGCAACUGGCUCAAACCAUAAGAGGUCAUUCAAGGAACCUUGGUCUGAAUAACACUGUUUUUGGUAAAGUUAAGCAAGUGCGUCUUUCAUCUAUCUUGCCACAUUCACUCCAUGGUGGCGAAGGCAGUCCCUCACCUUCUCCUACCCCUCUCCCUCAUCCCCACCACCAUCACCAUCACCACCAUCACCAUCACCACCACAACACAUAUAUGGCUCCUGUAAUUUCGCCUGCACCUGCCACUCAGAAAGGUUCCCCUGCACCCUUUGAACAUUUGCCUGGCCCACCGAAAAAUCCACCUGCUCCUCAGAAUAGUAAAGCAAAGCCUCCUGAUUGCCAACUUGGGCGUAAUAGGAGGUUUCCAGGGAAUGGCAGAAAGCGAUCUUACAUAACCCCUAUGGUUUCACCAAAUAUUGCUCCUCACUUUCCUUCUCCCUCGCCAGAACCUCACAUCAAUCACCCUGCAGUGUCACCAACACCUGCGCCAAUCUCCCAAACAGUUCCUGCAUCUAGUCCUUUGCCAAAUGUUGUUUUUGCCCAUGUCCAGCCUCCAUCAAAGCCAAAAUCAGGAGAAGCACAUUCGGAUGCACUGCCACCAGUUUCACUGUUACCAUCACAAUCACCAUCUUAUUCAUCUACAGGUUUUGCUGCUGUUCGAUGGGCAAUUUCACUAUCCCUAGCUGUUGUACUACUACAUUUAUAACAAAGAAAAAGAAGAAACAAUCUAUUUUCUAGUUAAAGUACUUCUCUGGAUCGCAACUGUAUCAUUCAAUUCAACUGAAACAGACAUACUGGAGGAGUUUUUGUAACUGAGAGCAACGCAGAAGGCGUGCCUCACAUCUGAGUGGAUACAUGUUGUUUUUGUGCUUGUAAAUAUUUGAUUAGAAGUUCAGCUACCAUAUGCAUUCUCAGGUCAAAGUCACAGAGGUGACAGGCCCUUGAUUGCAUUGCUGCUGUUGUGUAUUCCCUACUGCAGAAAUGUAAGGAGGAAAAAAAAAAAAAAAAAAAAGAGAAAAUUCGUGCCA